CCGGGACGACUGAACCCGCGAAAUGGCGAAAGGUCAGAGCUCAGGAAGUUCUUCAAAAGGAAACUCAGUUUUUCAUAUGAACUGUUCGUUAGAUCACGAAGAAUUUUCAGUUCUUCUGGAAAAAAUUCCAAUUCCAUUUCCAUUGAGUACAUAAAACUCAGUUCAUAGCUCUCAAAACAGCAGAGAAAGAGCGGAGCCAACAUGGAUUGGAUUGGAGAGAUCCCCGAGUCUUUGAAAUCCAUCAAAAUCAGACGGAUUCUAUCUCAGGCUAUCAGUUUUGGUUUGAUCGUUACAUCUGCAUUGAUGAUUUGGAAAGCAUUGAUGUGCUGGACAGGGAGUGAGUCACCUGUUGUGGUUGUGCUCACCGGAAGUAUGGAACCUGGUUUUGCGAGGGGCGACAUUCUCUUCCUCCAUAUGAAUAAGGAUCCAAUUCGUGCAGGGGAGAUCGUUGUGUACAAUGUUGAGGGACGUGAUAUUCCAAUCGUCCAUCGUGUAAUCAAGGUUCACGAGGCAAGAGAUACAGGAGAAGAUUAUAUACUUACAAAAGGUGACAAUAAUGACUAUGAUGACAUUGGACUAUAUGCUAAGGAUCAGCUUUGGUUGCAAAGACACCACAUCAUGGGAAAAGUCAUCGGUUUCUUGCCAUAUGUUGGUUAUGGAACAAUUAUCAUGACAGACCUGCCUAUAAUCAAGUACAUCCUUACUGGUGCCUUGGUAUUGCUGAUCUUAACCUCCAAGGAUUAACAAGUAAGAUAGAACUUUACUUCUAAUUUAUACCCAAUAUUAUAAAGGAUAGGAAGAGUAUGGGAUGAUAAUCAAUGUGACAUCCAAUAUUGAUAGAGGGUAUAUACUUUAAACGAACUAUGCUCGAUCUAGCUCAAACUUGAACUUGCUCCCAAACUUUUUCAGUACCUCAACUCCUGCCCCAAGUACCUAGACAGCUACAAACAUAGAAAAUUCAGUUCAUCACAAUAAAAAAGAGAUUUUAGCUUAAACGGAGAAUGGGGAGGGCGUAGAAGGAGAUUUUUCUCGGUUACCUAAAAAGUUUAUUAUUAUUAGGAUUUUAAUUUUACAUUCAUUUUAAUAUUUGGUCGAAGACAUUUUAAAUAAAAAGUUGUUAUCAAAGUCCAGAGUCUAAAAGAGCUCUCUCAGUUGUGGAUAAACUUGAGGUCUAAGUCCGAGAAUGUUAGAUCCUCAAUACAACAUUGUGUUAUUGUUCUCA